AAAGUUGAAAAAAAAAUUGGGACUAUGAAACUUGCAAUCAUUAGCCUGGCCUCUAUCAUCGUCCCAUCAUUAGGUCAAUACGCUAUCAACACUGGCCUAAGAGCUGAUGUUACCUUCGGCGAAGAGAACGAUAGGUUUGACGUCACCAACCUCAUCCGCCGACAGACGAAACACUUGAAACCCAAUCUCGACCCGCAGUCCGGAGAAUUUAGAAGAAGAUAUAAAUCAAAACAUAAAUCCAUAAACAGAGAUGUACCCUGGCCUCAAUUACUGGAUUCGGCAUCGGGGAGAGAUGUUUUAAGGAAACGGAUACAGGCUAAUCUAGAAGAACAUGUUAAUAAUCUAGCUAACACUAUCAUCUACAAGAUAAGAGGAAUGCGACGUAAUCAAGAGUUUGCACAUCAUGACAAUAUGGAUAGUGGAGGUGAGGAUGUCGAUGAUUUUAAUAACAACCUACGUGUAUUUGAAAAUAAUCGCGAUUUAAAAGAAAAUAAUAAAGAAGAUGAUUCGAUGCGCAGGCGAAAUCGUUUGCAGGACAUCGUUUACAAAUUACACGGUCGGAAGAAUACUAGGCGUACGGCGAUAGACCCAGAAAAAGAAAUUUUGUUUCACUACGCGUUUCCUAUCGACAUGAAGAUUGAAGGAUUUUUACAAGCGCCAUUGGUUUAA